GCGGGGCGGGGCCGGGCGCUUCGCUGCCGCUCGGCCCGUGGCGCAGAGCCGCGCCGGGCAGCGGGUCCCUCGGCCGGGGCCGCCGGCAGUUCACCUGAAACUGGAUGACGGAAUAGAAUGGAUAUGGGUAACCAACAUCCAUCCCUCAAACGGUUGCAUGAAAUACAGAAAGAAGUCAAAGAGAUCGAACAGCAAGUGGUUGUCUUCAGCGGUCUGUCUACGGAUCGAGACUACAAGAAAUUAGAAAGGAGUCUUACUAAGCAGCUCUUCGAAAUAGAUUCUGUAGACACCGAAGGAAAGGGAGACAUCCAGCAAGCCAGAAAGCGAGCCGCUCAGGAAACGGAGAGACUGCUUAAGGAGCUGGAGCAAAAUGCAAACCAUCCGCGCAGACUGGAAAUAGAGGCGAUAUUCAAGGAGGCACAGGCACUCGUGGAACGUGAGAUUACACCUUUCUACAAAGGAGGUAACUGUAUCAGUGAUGAAUUUGAAGAAGGGAUUCAGGACAUUGUAUUGAGGCUUACCCAGGUGAAAACAGGAGGGAAGGUGUCUUUACGCAAAGCGAGGUAUCGCACCCUGACAAAAGUAUGCGCUGUCCAGGAGAUUAUAGAAAGCUGUAUGAAGCAACAGCUGUCCCUGCCACUCUCUAAUGAUGCCCAUCCUUCCGUCUCCAAAAUUAACUCUGUAAUGUGUGAUGUGAACAAAGCAAGAGGGACUCUUAUUGCGCUUCUGAUGGGAGUGAGUAGUAAUGAUACCUGCAGGCACCUCUCCUGUGUGCUCACAGGCCUCAUCGCUGAUUUGGAUGCUUUAGAUGUCUGCGGGCGCACGGAAAUAAGAAACUACAGAAAGGAAGUAGUGGAAGAGAUCAAUAAAUUGCAGAAGUACCUGGACUUGGAAGAAGAAGCAAAUUCUACCCACGCUUACGAUUUGGCACAGAAUCAGUCCAUUCUGAAAAUAGAAGAGAUCCGUAAGAAAAUGAAGGAAGUUAAUUCUUUGCUUCUAAAAACAGAGAACGCUUCUGAUUUGUAUUUGGGAUCCAAAGCAGAACUGCAGGGAUUAAUUGCCCGCUUAGACGAGGUGAGUGCAGGGAAAAACCCCUGUAUUAGGGAAGCCAGGAGAAGAGCAGUAAUAGAAGUCCAAACUCUUAUAACGUAUAUCGAUUUGAAGGAAGCGCUUGAAAAAAGGCAAAUGUAUCCCGAGCAAACUGCUGCUGAACAUCAGCCUCAUAAAGCAGUUUGGACUGUUCUUGGAAACCUGUCUCAGAUUCAGCAGGAGGUGAUCUCGUUUGAUGGAAACAGAACGGAUAAAAAUUACAUGAGGCUGGAAGAACUCCUGACAAAACAGCUCCUAGCGCUCGACGCUGUGGAUCCGCAAGGUGACGAGCGGUGUAAGGCUGCCAGAAAACAAGCUGUAAAGCUCGCACAGAAUAUUCUUUACUACCUGGACAUGAAAACAGAUGAAUGGGAAUACUGAAGCAGCCAUAGCCUGACACAGAAGAGCAAUUUUUUUUUUUCCCUUUGGCACUUUAUGCAGAUGACUGGCAUCGUGUUCUCUGCUUGCUUAAGUCGUGGGGAUUGCAUAAGCAGUUGAUUUGGCGACGUGUCUGCUGUCCCACGCAGUCACUCACUUGCCAUGGCAACUGUCAGUACACUGUCAGCAAUUCUGGUCAUUGCUAUAAGCAAAAGAAGUGCGAUUCUCUGAAGGAAUAGCUUAAUACUUGAUCAAACAGCUUCUUGGGGGUUUUCUCUUUUAAUGACCUUGUGCAAUGCUCAGCGAAUGCAGAUGUCUCAAAGAUGCAGAGACUUCCUUAUGGUGUGGUACUGGAAAAACUAUUCAAAGAAGACUGGACAGGAAAAUUAGUGUUCAAUCAUGAGACUCCAUCCAGCAACUUCACAGCAGUCUGGAUAUGCUCUUAAUGUUCUGUUACAAUAGAAAGUACUAAGGGCAAAAAGAAAAGCCUGCUGGCUAUUGGGUUGUACUUGAUUUAUUCCAUCCAUCGCAUCUUUCUGGGUGUUUAGAUGUCUCAGUUAAUGGAGCUAUGAUGCCAACUCCGAAUCAGCAUUUACAUAGGCAAAGCUAAUACCUGAGCCCUUUGAUAUCCAAAAAAAGUGGAAGCACUUUCAGAUGAUGGCUUUAAAGUACCAAGACUUGGAGAGGAAAACCUGUACAUACAUAUAUACUGACCAGAUAAAUGAGAUUCUGAGGAUCUCACACUGCCAUCCAUAAACCCCCAGAACUUUAUUUAGGGGCUGCUUCGGUGUCUUUUUUGAACUCCAUUGUCAGAUCUGGGCUUGACUUGACCUUUUGGGAAAACAGAAGCAAUAUGCUUUGAAGUAAACAAGCAUUUUGGAGUUAUUUUUGUAAAAUGAGGUAGUUACCUAUAAAGAUGUCCCUAAUGAGGUAAAUUCCUGCUGUAGAUUUCAUACUGGUCAGGUGUUGGCUUCAAGCAUGUCUUGGAAAAGACUCGUGGCAAAUGUCUCUCUGCAGCUCAUCACUUAAUCGUUGUAGUGAGUUGGUAAAUAAGCUUGCUUUGUACUAGGAUGUGCACCUGCCUUUUUAUUUGUUGCUGCUAGUGCCAAUCACAUUUCUGCUCUAGCAUGGGUUUUUUUGGCUUUGCUUUUGUUUUUUGAGAGCAUGGCAUUAAAAUGAAUUAAUUGUAAAGACUUAUUUAAUUAUGGCUACUUUGCACUUAGUCCUUUCAUAUUGAAUUGAUGAAUUAUUGUUCUGCAGGUGAUGAUUUGCACCACUUUAAGGGGUAAAAACCAUUUUGGACGUUGAAAUAAAUAUUUUUAGAUCUAUUUUUGACUGAUUAGAGAAGACAAUACUGUCUGUGAGAGACAAGUGCCUUUAUGACACCUCUGACUUGCACCGUCGUAUGUAGAUACAGGAACUGUUUGCUGGCAGCUUGAUCCAUUUGUAACCUUUGCAAACUGGAUUUCUCACAUCUAGAUGAUUCUGCUUUACUACAUGUCAAGAGGAUAGAUGAUUGUUCUAGAGAGUCCUGAGGAUGAGUUAUCAAAUUGGGGCAAUACAGAUUCUGAUUAAAAUGAAGAGCAUUGAUUCAGAGAUGGGGGAUUUGGGGCAGGUCUUCUGUGCCCGUCGCUGCGAGGUGGAGAGGAUAUGUUUACUCUGUAACAUGCUUUGAGAUGUUGAUGAAAAGCUGUGUCAUUUCAGAGGGUGAAUAUAUGUAGUUUGUGAUUGCAGAGGUUAUUGCUGUGCAGGUUUACUUGCCAGAACUCAUCUGUUUUUUCAGCUGAGCACGGUGCAACUUGGCAACAACAGAAUGUUUGCUGGGGGAUUCUGUCUGUUCCUUCAGAUAACAGAAUUUCUCUCUCCUUACCUCAAAAGAGAAUUGCAAUCUCUAUAUGGUGUGGCUAACCCAGGAUGUUAAUGAUCAUAUACACCCAGGUGAUGUUAACUCAUUUCAAGCUUUCUGCACAUUUGAACUGCAGCUUCUGGUUUGCACUUUGAUUUUUAGGAAAGAGAAGAAUUAGACAGUGUAAUGAUACUCACUUUCCUUUAGGAUUACUGCCAGGUCUGCAGUGGUUCUCUGUUGUUUGUUUAACAAUUUAGUGUCUGUGUCCUUUGGAGGUUAUGUGUAGCUUUUGAAACAUUGACCCUCUUAGGUAAAAAUGAGUAAGUACAGUUUUCAGGUGGGUUCUGGUUUAAAUAUGUGUGUCUUUUAACUUUCCUUAAUGAAUCAUUACGCCUGCAUCUCUGAGAAGGCAAAUUUGACUAGCUGAGUAGAGUUCAGCAGUGAGAUACUACAUGGAUUAAGCUUUUUUUCUCCCCCCCUUGUUCUGUAAUCUGAUGAACUAUUUAAAUUUUAUGGUAAAGUCCUCAUCUGGAAUGGGAUUGAUCCCCAGGUUUUGCAUGAAUGAAAGGAAUAAACUAAAUGUGCUUAACCAAAAGAGGAAAAACUACACACAUUUCUCAAAAUCUUGCUUUUGUUUGCUGAAGAAUGUAAUUCCUCUGCUUUUGUAGCCAAAGAAUGAGGAACAUGCAGCUUUCCUUUCUUAUAUGGCAGGCUGAAAUAAUCAGCACAAUGUAAAAUGGACCAAAUGGCAACAGCCUGUGUUUUAGUACUAUGCUGAAAUAUAGGAACUGUUGUGUGUGCUGUGUGAUCUCCCUUAGAGCAGAACAAUGGAUUGGAUAUUUGGGGGUGAGGUCACUUUACAUUGUCAUUCCUGAUUGUUAACUGUAUUUCUUUUUAGACUAGUUAUCUUUAGUUAUCUCAGUGUUAUUUUUGUUGUUGUUUUAUCACUUAAAGUGCUUUUUCUAUGUUAACCAGUUUGGAGAUUGGUGUUAAGUGUGGUUCCUGCUUUUUCAGUUGAACAGAAUUGUGUGUAGGGGGCUCCUUAUGAUGGUGUAUAUGUCUUGGUUCAUUGCUGUGUAGGAUAUAGCAUUUGUAAAUACAAAUUCCAGAUGAAAUACUGCAGUGUUAUGUUCUUGGUUAUGAAUAAAAAGACAGUAGUACCUUUUACUAGGUAUUCAUUUGAAUGUUAUGCCCUGCUGCCUUUCUCUAUUUAUUUUUGAAUGUGAGGUACCAGAAUGUAAAUGAUUUUUGCCUGAGACUGUUUUUAAUAAAGAUAAAGGCAUAAAGCUCCUCCCCCCCCCCCCAUCCUUCUCUAAAAAAUUGCUUUUUCACUGAUGUGUUUAUGAAAAUAAAGUUCUUUGUGUGUAAACCA